AUGCGUCCGGGUCGGUUUGAUCGAGUGCUGUACGUUCCCCUGCCAAACCUGGCCACACGUCACCAGAUCUUCAUGAUCCACUUGCGUAAGAUGCCGGUUGGGGAGGCAGUUACUCCAGAGUCACUUGCAGAACGAACACAGGGAUACUCUGGCGCAGAGAUUGCGUCUGUGUGCCAUGAGGCGGCCAUGUUCGCACUACAGGAGGAUAUCGGGAGCCAGUCAGUGGAGGAACGCCAUUUCCUGUCUGCACUGGAAACCGUCACUCCUAGCAUUGACCAGGAUACGAUCAAGUUCUAUGAGGAAUAA